AUGCGCCCAGGCAGUGUCCUCUUCAGAGGGAGCUCUCUCUCCUUGGCAGUGUCUCGGCAAGUCUCUGGGCAUGCCCCCAAGGCUGCCUCCUCCCCGUCUCCUCUGUCCUCCCGCGGAGCUCAGCCCUCCCCAGCCCUGCGCUGGGACUCUCCCGGCCUCUGUGCCGCCACCGCCGUGGCCACCUGCGCGCCCCUGCCCCCGGUGGCGUUCCUCCUCCGGGGGCGGGGCGGCGGCCGCGGGGCUUGUGCCAGAUCCUGCGGUUGCCAAGUGGCAAGGAUUCUGAUUCGAUUUCCUCCAAUCGCCAGCAUUGCCAUCUGCCUGCCGAUCCGGCCCCAGCUGUCAAAGGAGAAGAUUGAGGGCUGUCACAUCUGUACCUCUGUCACCCCGGGGGAGCCCCAGGUCCUGCUGGGAAAGGACAAGGCCUUCACCUAUGACUUUGUCUUCGACCUGGACACCUGGCAGGAACAGAUCUAUUCAACCUGUGUGAGCAAGCUCAUUGAGGGCUGCUUCGAGGGCUACAAUGCCACAGUGCUGGCCUACGGGCAGACGGGGGCUGGGAAGACAUACACUAUGGGCACUGGCUUCGACACAGCGACGGUGGAGGAGGAGCAGGGCAUCAUCCCGAGGGCCAUCGCACACCUCUUUGGGGGCAUCGCCGAGCGCAAGCGGCGGGCACAGGAGCAGGGCGUGGCUGGGCCCGAGUUCAAAGUCAGCGCUCAGUUCCUGGAGCUCUACAAUGAGGAGAUCCUUGACCUGUUUGAUAGCACCCGUGACCCUGACGCCCGCCAUCGCAGGUCCAACAUCAAGAUCCACGAGGACGCAAAUGGUGGCAUCUACACCACAGGUGUCACUUCUCGCCUCAUCAGUUCCCAGGAGGAGCUGAUCCAGUGCCUGAAGCAGGGAGCCCUGUCGAGGACCACAGCCAGCACGCAGAUGAAUGUGCAGAGCUCCCGCUCCCAUGCCAUCUUCACCAUCCACCUGUGCCAGAUGCGCUUGUGCACCCAACCUGACCUGGUGAAUGAGGCAGUGACUGGGCUUCCUGAAGGGACAGCUCCUGCAAGCGAGUAUGAGACACUCACCGCUAAGUUUCACUUUGUGGACCUGGCCGGCUCCGAGCGGCUGAAGCGGACAGGGGCCACCGGCGAGCGGGCCAAGGAGGGCAUCUCCAUCAACUGCGGCCUGCUAGCCUUGGGCAAUGUGAUCAGCGCCUUGGGGGACCAGAGCAAGAAGGUGGUACACGUGCCCUACAGGGACUCCAAGCUCACUCGGCUCCUCCAGGACUCGCUGGGGGGCAACAGCCAGACCAUCAUGAUUGCCUGCGUGAGCCCCUCAGACCGGGACUUCAUGGAGACACUCAACACACUGAAAUACGCCAAUCGGGCCCGCAACAUCAAGAACAAAGUAGUGGUAAACCAGGACAAGACCAGCCAGCAGAUCAGUGCACUGCGGGCUGAGAUCGCCCGCCUGCAGAUGGAGCUGAUGGAGUACAAGGCGGGCAAGCGGGUGAUUGGGGAGGACGGCUCCGAGGGCUACAGUGACCUGUUCCGGGAGAACGCCAUGCUACAGAAGGAGAACGGGGCACUGCGGAUGCGGGUAAAGGCCAUGCAGGAGGCCAUUGACGCCAUCAACAGUCGCGUCACCCAUCUCAUGAGCCAGGAGGCCAACUUGCUCCUGGCCAAGGCUGGUGAUGGCAAUGAGGCCAUUGGCGCGCUGAUCCAGAACUACAUCCGCGAGAUCGAGGAGCUGCGGACCAAGCUCCUGGAGAGUGAGGCCAUGAACGAGUCCCUUCGCCGCAGCCUCUCGCGGGCCUCGGCUCGGAGCCCCUACGCCCUGGGCGCUUCCCCGGCCGCCCCGGCCAGCUCCAUGGAGGAUGCGUCCGAGGUGAUCCGCAGGGCCAAGCAGGACCUGGAGCGGCUAAAGAAGAGGGAGGUCCGGCAGCGGAGGAAGAGCCCAGAGAAGGAAGCCUUCAGAAAGAGGGCGAAGUUCCAGCAGGACAACAGCGAGGAAACCGACGAGCAUGAGGCAGAGGAGGAGGAGGAAGAGCGAGAUGGCAGUGGCUGUGAGGAGGACGAAGGACGCGAGGACGAGGACGAGGACUCGGGCAGCGAUGAGAGCCUGGCCGACUCGGACUCAGACCCUGAGGAGAAGCAGAUGAACUUCCAGGCGGACCUGGCCGACCUAACGUGUGAGAUCGAGAUCAAGCAGAAGCUGAUUGAUGAGCUGGAGAAUAGCCAGCGGCGGCUGCAGACGCUCAAGCACCAGUACGAGGAGAAGCUGAUUCUGCUACAGAACAAGAUCCGAGACACACAGCUGGAGCGCGACCGCGUGCUGCAGAACCUCAGCACCAUGGAGUGCUACACGGAGGAAAAGGCCAACAAGAUCAAGGCAGACUAUGAGAAGAGGCUGCGGGAGAUGAACCGGGACCUGCAGAAGCUGCAGGCCGCACAGAAGGAGCACGCCCGGCUGCUCAAGAACCAGUCGCGCUAUGAGAGGGAGCUGAGGAAGCUGCAGGCCGAGGUGGCCGAGAUGAAGAAGGCCAAGGUGGCCCUGAUGAAGCAGAUGCGUGAGGAGCAGCAGCGGCGACGACUGGUGGAGACCAAGAGGAACCGGGAGAUCGCUCAGCUCAAGAAGGAGCAGCGGCGACAGGAGUUUCAGAUCCGGGCUCUGGAGUCCCAGAAGCGGCAGCAGGAAAUGGUCCUGAGGAGGAAAACGCAGGAGGUUUCUGCACUGAGGCGCCUGGCCAAGCCCAUGUCUGAGCGGGUGGCAGGGCGCACAGGACUGAAGCCACCCAUGCUGGACUCUGGGGCAGAGGUGUCGGCCAGCACCACUUCGUCCGAGGCCGAAUCAGGGGCCCGCUCCGUUUCCAACAUCGUGCGCCAGUGGAACCGCAAGAUCAACCACUUCUUGGGGGACCACCCUGUACCCACUGUCAAUGGCACCCGCCCUGCCAGAAAGAAGUUCCAGAAGAAAGGGGCCAGCCAGAGCUUCAGCAAGGCUGCAAGGCUCAAGUGGCAGUCCCUGGAGCGGCGGAUCAUUGACAUCGUCAUGCAGAGGAUGACCAUUGUCAACCUGGAGGCUGACAUGGAGCGGCUCAUCAAGAAAAGGGAGGAGCUGUUCCUCCUGCAGGAGGCACUGCGGAGGAAGAGGGAGCGGCUGCAGGCUGAGAGCCCAGAGGAGGAGAAGGGGCUGCAGGAGCUGGCUGAGGAGAUUGAGGUGCUGGCAGCCAACAUCGACUACAUCAAUGACAGUAUCACUGACUGCCAGGCCACCAUCAUGCAGCUGGAGGAGACCAAGGAGGAGCUGGACUCAACGGACACAUCGGUGGUCAUCAGCUCCUGCUCCCUGGCUGAAGCCCGCCUCCUACUGGACAACUUCCUCAAGGCAUCCAUUGACAAGGGGCUGCAAGUGGCACAGAAGGAGGCCCAGAUCCGGCUGCUGGAGGGACGGCUGAGGCAGGCGGAUAUGGCGGGCUCCUCCCAGAACCACCUGCUCCUGGAUGCCCUGCGCGAGAAGGCCGAGGCGCACCCCGAGCUGCAGGCACUCAUCUACAACGUGCAGCAGGAGAACGGCUAUGCCAGCACAGAUGAGGAGGUCUCGGAGUUCUCUGAGGGCAGCUUCUCCCAGUCAUUCACCAUGAAAGGCUCCACGAGCCACGAUGAUUUCAAGUUCAAGGGUGAGCCGAAGCUGUCUGCCCAGAUGAAGGCUGUGUCGGCUGAGUGCUUGGGUCCCCCACUUGACAUCUCCACCAAGAACAUCACCAAGUCCCUGGCCUCCCUUGUGGAGAUCAAAGAGGACGGAGUGGGCUUCUCCAUCCGAGACUCCUACUACCGGGACAAGGUCUCACGCACCGUCAGCCUGCCCACUCGGGGCAGCACUUUCCCCCGGCAGUCUCGAGGCACAGAGACGUCCCCUUUGACCCGAAGGAAGUCAUAUGACCGAGGGCAGCCCAUCAGGUCCACAGAUGUGGGAUUCACGCCCCCGUCGUCCCCUCCCACUAGACCACGCAAUGACCGCAAUGUCUUCUCUCGGCUCACCAGUAAUCAGAGCCAGGGGUCAGCGCUGGACAAGUCUGAUGACAGCGACUCCUCUUUGUCGGAGGUCCUGAG